AUGGAAAGACAAGCAAACGUGAGCGAUAGGAAAGGUGAAUAUGUCUGGAUAAAGGAAGGAAACAGGAAUGCUAUUAAACACAGAGCCCUGGCUGAGAUGUUUGGGAUGAGGAAGAAGAGAAAGGCAGAUGAGGAUUCAGCGGAGGGAAAUAUUGAGGCAAGGGGCCACUGGGGAAGUAAGGUGGAGUUCCUCCUGGCAGUAGCCGGAAAUGUUGUAGGCCUGGGCAAUGUAUGGAGGUUCCCCUACCUUUGUUAUAAAAAUGGUGGAGGUGCCUUCCUGGUGCCGUACCUGGUAUUUGUGGUGACAUGUGGCAUGCCCUUGUUCCUGCUGGAGACAGCCAUGGGCCAGUAUACCCAGCAGGGGGGAAUUACCUGCUGGAAGAGGCUAUGCCCACUGGCAGAGGGUAUUGGCUAUGCUGGCCAGCUGAUUCUCUUGUAUAGCUGUAUGUGCUAUAUUAUCAUCCUGGCCUGGGCUCUUCUGUACCUGCUCUUCUCCUUCAGUUCUCAGCUCCCCUGGGCCAGCUGUACUAAUUACUGGAACACUGGUAAAUGUGACAAUGGUCAACCACUUAAACUCCCUGAAAUGUCACUGUUUGUGAAUGUGAGAACUGCCAACUCAACCUCUGCAGCCACAGAAUUCUGGGAACGGCGUGUGCUGGCUAUCUCUGGGGGGAUAGAAGAGGUGGGCAGUAUCCGGUGGGAUGUGACGCUGUGCCUUGUCAUUAUGUGGGUUGUCUGCUACUUCUGUGUCUGGAAAGGGGUCAAGUCUACAGGCAAGGUGGUGUAUUUCACAGCAACCUUCCCCUAUGUGAUGCUGUUGAUCUUGCUGGUUCGUGGACUCACUCUGCCUGGUGCUCUACAGGGGGUUGUUUUCUACCUCUACCCCGAGCCCUCCCGGCUAUCCGACCCUCAGGUGUGGAUGGAGGCUGCUUCACAGGUCUUCUUCUCCUACAGUGUUGGGGUGGGCUCCUUAACUGUACUGGGCAGCUUCAACUCUUACAACAACAACUGCUACAAAGACUGCCUGUGGCUUUGCUUGCUGAACAGUUGUACAAGUAUUGUGGCUGGCUUCGCGGUCUUCUCUGUCUUGGGCUUCAUGGCUCAUGAACAGGGUGCCCCUAUUGAAAAAGUGGCAGAAUCCGGGCCUGGCCUGGCAUUUAUAGCAUAUCCUCAGGCUAUAGCCAUGAUGCCCCUGCCACAGCUAUGGGCAGUCUGCUUUUUUAUCAUGAUCAUACUUCUUGGUGUGGAUACACAGUUUGUUGCCAUGGAGGUAGUGAUGACGUCAGUCACAGACGUGUUUCCCAAGAUUUUGCGCAGGGUUGGACGCAGGGAGCUCUUCCUCCUCCUCUUCUGCCUCACCUGCUUCUUAUUACAACUCAUCAUGGUCACAGAGGGGGGGAUGUACGUGUUCCAGCUGUUUGACUACUACGCCUGUAAUGGAACAUGCCUGCUCUUUCUUUCUGUGUUUGAGUCUCUAGCUUUGGGAUGGCUAUUUGGGGCAGAACAGAUGUGUGAUAUUAUCAAAAACAUGACAGGAGUGAGACCUAACAUCAUCUUCAAGUUCUGCUGGCUCUAUCUCACCCCACUGGUCUCACUAGUGUCAUUCAUCUGCUCUUUGGUGGAGUACCAGCCCCUGACCUUCAACCGCUGGUAUGUGUACCCAGCCUGGGUAUAUGUGACUGGCUGGCUGCUAGCCCUCUCCUCCAUCCUACUAGUGCCUGGGUGGGCUCUGUUCCGGCUUGGGACUGGCCCUGGGUCCCUCCGAGAGAGUUUCUUUCACCUGUGUCAACCUGACCAUGACCUCCCAGUGACCUGGAAGAAAAAGGCUGAACUCGAGAAAAUGACUCUCGGAGCUGAGAAGGGCAUCUUUAUUGGGAGCACGGACAUCUGA